AUGAAACAAAUAGCUGAAAUUGAGGAAAACGCGAUGAAAGUGCGAGAGGAUAUUACGCGUUCUUGGUACCGAAAAUCGCAUAAUCGUUACGAGCCAUCGGAACAAAUUACAAGAAAUUAUAAAAAGCCUUUCGAUAAGUCUGACAGAUUUGGUAAAUCCACGAAAAGUCAGAAAUUAGAAUCACAUAUCAGAAGAAUUUUUACAUGGAUUAAUAACGAGCCAAUUACAUUAGUCGAUCAUCGACAAGCAGAUUUCACGAAACGCACUAGAUCAUUUGUCGGACGAAUCAAAGAUCCGAAAACAUCGCAUCUUUAUGCAGAUAUUGUGCAUGGUAAGAAAAGCGUCAAAGAUAAGUUCGAUGCUUCGGACUCUUUACGCGAUACCGAUUUAAACGAGCAGACUCUUUUCUGGUGGCAAUGUCUACGCGAUUUAAGUAAUUUCCGUAAAAAGCUCAAGAAACGCGUUCCGGAAGUACCAUUCUUGGAUAUAGAGGACGAACUUUCUCAUCUAGAUCAAAAUUAUGGCGGAGUUCUACCCGAAAAUGAGGUUUUCUCGAUCUUCGAGAAGUUUCACAUAUCUCCGAACAAGGAAUUUCUCUCUCCGUUGAUGGAUACGUUGCUGUUACGCAAAGACGGAAAUAUUAAUUACAGAAAAUUGCUUAAUCUCUUAAAUUGGAGAUGCAAUUUGCCAGUUCUGCCAAAGAUGAAACAAGCAUCGUUGGCGAAUUCAGAUUAUGUUAGCACAUACGGUGAUAGCAUAGGAAAUGUUCAAACAAUUGAUAGCGCAAAAAAUAUUAUAGAAAUUCGCGCAGCAGGACUUCCAUCCACAAGAUCGGAUUUUUCAAUGACAAUGUUACCACGUGCAGGUAUAUAUCCAGAUAAAGAGAAUUUAGGCGAUCAAACUUCCGUUCAUUGCUUGAUAUCGCCCAGCAUUUUCACGAGAUACGGCUUGACACAUAUAGAUCUUUUUAAGAUUCGCGACAAGGAAGAAAUGCGGGAAAUAUUCGAGAACGUUGGUUUCGAGUUCCCGGAGAAUAGUUUCGAUGCGUUUUGGCAAGAAGGACAACGAAAGGAUUGCAGUGAUGGUGUAUGUGUGGAAACAUUUCGGAAACUGCUCACCGCGUCAGAUUUCGUAACGAAGAAAACUAUAUGUGAAUAA